AUGCAACUUCAAUCUCUCUACAUCUUCGCCUUGGCUGGCCUUGGAGCCGCAACUACGACUUGCCUCCCCUCGGACCAGUUCCCCACCAAGACAAGCAUCUGCGCUGACUACUCCUCAGCUUGUGGCAGCCCGCCAACGGCAACCGUCUGGUAUGGAGGAUGUUACGAUAUAACCGAAACGCCCACCUUCACAGUACCACCAUGCCCUACCGGUGCCAGUUCCAUGGAUGAAUGUACAUCAACCGGGACGGUAUGCGAUACACUAUACAGGACGUGUGUGACGCCUAUUCCCACUACUUUGACAUACGGAGCAUGUCACGAUGCCUGCGUGAAUGUCACCUACUCUGCACCAGGCUGUCCAACAGCGACCCCUAGCAUCACUGUCGUUGAUCCCAGCAGCUGCACAAAUACGUACACCCUUUGUGAGGACCACAUCAAGGAGUGCGGGUCACCGACUCCCACGGCGUACUUAACAUAUGGAGGAUGCCAUCCUGCGUGCGAGACUCCCACCUAUUCGCCACCUCCUUGUCCUACCGCGAGCUCCUACGCGGCUGCCUUCACAGCUUAA